AUGUUAUCUCUCCUCGUCAAUUCGUAUGAGCAAGCAUCUCAAACCUUUCCCAUAACGCUCAUCCUCUCUAUCAUUACCACUCUCUACCUCCUCCGUCGCGCCCUCCUCCCAAAGCCAAUCCCCGGCAUCCCUUACAACAAAAAUGCCACCAACUCCAUUUUCGGCGACCUCCCCGAAUUCCGACGCGCCAAAAACCGCCAUACAUGGUGGGCUCUCCAAGCCGUAAAGCAUCAAUACCCUCUCGUCCAAAUCUUUAUGAAACCAUUCGGUCUUCCCUGGGUGUUUGUAGCAGAUCAUUUCGAAGCAUCAGAUAUCUGCAUGCGCCGCCUCAAGGAAUUUGAUCGUGGGGAAAUGACACGACAACAAUUUGAUGCACUUACGCCGGGUCAUCAGAUUUCGCUCAAGACGAGUGAUCCCAAGUUUAAGAAAAAUAGGGAGUUGGUUAGGGAUUUGAUGUCGACGAGUUUUCUGCAACAGACUGCUGCGCCACAGAUUCAUCAUAAGUUUGAGAAGUUGAUGGAGCUUUGGCAUCGUAAGACGCAACUUUCUGGCGGACGACCGUUUGAUAUCGCUCAUGAUAUACAAGAGGCGAUAUUUGAUAUCAUUCUUGGAGCUUCUUUUGGCGUUGACUCUGGAGCAGGUCAGAUCGGUAAGGAACUUGACGAACUCAAGGCCAAGACUACGACCGGUGGAAAAAACGACCCGUUCGAGUUCGAGCCUGUGGCACUAUACGAUGAAGACCUCAGCUGCAUGGGUACUCUAAUCGAGAGCUUCAACAUUUGCAUCAGGUUUCCGUGGCCCAUCGUGGCGCAUUUCAUUUAUCGCAACCUUUCAAUCAAGAUGAGAAAGGCGACUGCGAUGCGCGUCCAGCUUCAGGAGCGUGAGAUUGCUAAGAGUAUUGAGAGGAAAGAGAAGGGUCAUGCACAGCGCUGUGCUUUGGAUAGUAUGAUGGAGCGCGAGGAUGCCAUUGCCCAAAAGGAAGGGCGUAAACCUAACUAUCGAAGCCAAUCUAUUAUCAGCGAGCUUCUUGGCUAUCUAGUCGCAGGACAUGAGACGACCUCAGCGGUUAUAAAAUGGGGAAUGAAGUACCUAACAAAAGAUCAACGUGUCCAGUCACGCCUUCGCGAGGCCCUCCGUGAAGCACACCCCGAAGCCAUCGCACAAAAGCGUAUUCCAACCAUGGACGAGAUUCUCAAAGCUCACGUUCCCUACCUCGACGCCGUCAUCGAAGAAACCCUCCGAAACGCACGCGUCGCCCCCGUAACUCUCCGCGAAGCCGUAACCGACACCCAAAUUCUCGGCCAUCACAUCCCUAAAGGCACGACCAUCGCCUUCCUAGGUAACGGCCCAGGCGUAAUGAUGCCCAGCAUCCCUCUCGACCCCUCCAAGCGAUCCGAAGCUUCACGUGCACAUAUGGACAGGAUCCAUACCUUCGGAGAAGAGAAUAUUGGACAAUAUGUUCCUGAACGAUGGCUCUCGACAGAUGAAGAAGAGAAGACGGUAUUUGAUGCUAGCCAAGGUCCUCAGCAGGCUUUUGGCCUGGGACCGAGAGCUUGUUUUGGUAAGAAGUUGGUGUUUAUGGAGCUGAAAGCGUUUUUUACGUUUGUCUUUUGGAAUUUUAGGUUAGAGAGUGUUAAGGAUGAGUUGGCUACUGAUGAGGAGAUGCUUGCAUUGACGAGGGCGCCGAAGAAUGUUUAUGUCAAGUUGACCAAGGUGGAAUGCUGUGGAUAG